AUGGCACAACCGAGCGUGUUACCCCCAGCGUCCAGCUCUCAGAGCUCAUCUUCCAAGAGCAGAACGUCGCUGGUCAACGGCCAUUACUCCAACGGCGAUGCGACCAGAGAGUCUGCGUCCGUGCGGGUGCAAAUCAUCGACGACGAGAAGCAAUUCACGUCUGAAUUGACUCCCCAAAUCGCAACGUGGGGACUGCAGAAUGCUGGUUUCGACUACGAUAUUGUUUCAGUAUUUGGCUCACAGUCGACAGGGAAAAGUACCUUACUGAAUAGAUUGUUUGGAACAAACUUCGACGUCAUGGACGAAUCCAGACGUCAGCAGACGACCAAAGGGAUCUGGAUGUGUAAGGCUAAGGGAAUGAAUGUGAUGGUCAUGGACGUGGAAGGAACUGACGGCAGGGAACGUGGAGAAGAUCAGGACUUCGAACGCAAAUCUGCACUCUUCUCUCUGGCUUCGUCCGAAGUCCUCAUCGUUAACCUGUGGGAACACCAAGUAGGCUUGUACCAGGGAGCGAACAUGGGAUUGCUCAAGACUGUCUUCGAAGUGAACCUCGGCCUGUUCGGAAAGAAGACUGCAGAUGGUCGCAAUCAACGUACUAUGCUGCUAUUCGUGAUUCGUGAUCACAUUGGGACCACUCCGCUCGCUAACCUGCAGGCAACAUUGACGGCGGACAUGCAAAAGAUUUGGGAAACCCUCUCCAAGCCUCCAGAACUGCAAGACCGCCGGCUUUCCGACUACUUCGACCUCUCCUUUGCUGUUCUCCCACAUAAGAUGUUGGCAGCAGACAAGUUCGAGGUCGAAGUCCAAGCAUUGAGGAAACGCUUCGCUGAAAAGUCCCGUGAUGAUUAUGUCUUCAAGCCUGCAUACCAUAAGAGAAUUCCAGCAGAUGGCGUUGCCUUCUAUAUGGAAGGUAUUUGGGAACAAGUUCAGACAAAUAAGGAUCUGGAUCUUCCUACACAGCGAGAACUACUGGCACAAUUUCGCUGUGACGAGAUUUCCACCGCGGCGUUGGUUGAAUUCAGCGAGCAGGCCAAGCCGCAACGAAGACCAAUCGAGUCAGGGAAGGUAGUCGAAGGCCUGGGAGGGAUGAUGCGCACCUGGCGUUCGACAGCACUAGAACGCUAUGACCGUGACGCGUCUCGCUACCACCAGGGCGUGUACAAACGUAAGCGUGCAGACCUGAUCAGCGUGCUGGACUCGACCCUGUCACCGCUCUUCCUCGGGCAGCUCAAGAACCUGCACAAGGACUGCAUGGUCACAUUCAAGGCGGAGAUGCACGAGGGCAUGCGCGGUGAGGGGUACAACUUCGCCGACGUCGUGAAAGCUGCCCGAGGGCGGUGCGAGACACGAUUCCUGGAGGCCGCAGGGGAGGCGCUAGUCGACGGCGCUGAGUGGACGUAUGACGACGCCUUCGCACUCCUGCAGGAGGACGUCAGAAGCGUUGCGGACCAGUGCAGAAAGGACGAGACGAAGAAGAUGGUUAACAUUAUUGAGCGCAAUUUCAAGAAGCAGAUCUCGGAACCCGUUGAGAUACACCUCAACAAGCCUGGAAUCGACAUGUGGGAUAAGGUGCUCACAGUCUUCCGUGACAUAUUGGGGAAAGCCGAGGCAUCGUAUCUUGCUAAGGCGAAAAGUUUCGACUGCACGGACGAAGAAAAUGCAACGGCUCUUGCAACACUGAGGAAACGUGCAUGGCUGGCCCUGUGUGCCAAGAUCGGCGAGCAAACCUCGGACUCAACUUUCCUCAGCAAGCUGCGUGUGCACUUCGAGGAGCGCUUCAGGUAUGACGAACACGGUGUGCCGCGGGUGUGGAGACCGGGUGACGACAUUGACGGCGCGUUCAAGAAUGCGAGAGAUCAGACUCUCGAGCUCGUUCCCGUCUAUUCCAAGAUUUCACCUAUCGACCCGUCGUUGCAAUAUACCCUACCGUCAGAUACGUCCGACUCGUUCACCGGGGCAGAAGACUUCGAUUUCCCGGCCACGCUCAUCAUUUUCACGGAGACAAAGAUCCUCGAUCUCAUGAACCGGUUCAGGCGCGAUGCGGACGCGUUCUAUGUCGAGGCGAAGCGCAGCACAGUAUCGAGCGUCGCGCAGAUUCCGUACUGGAUGUACGGCGUGCUCGUUGUGCUCGGGUGGAACGAAGCGAUGGCCGUCCUCUUCAACCCGGUAUACUUCGCGAUACUCCUCUGCCUGAUUGCUGCUGCGUAUAUUAUCGUCCAGCUGGGCUUGGUCGGGCCUCUCUUUACAUUACUGAGGACGGUUAGCACUGAGAUACAACGUCAAGCAACUGACCGCCUCCGGGAACACUUCUCCCAGCAUGUCCACGCUCAGCCUGUUCGGUCACGGCCUUUGCCAGUGAAGUAUGAGGCUGAUGAGGACCACGAACUCAGGCAUGUUAAGGCAGAGCCGAUGUGA